AGAUCCAUCGAUCCUACUGUAAAGCAGGCGUGGACAUCUGCGUGGCAUUGGAAGUUUGGAACCAAUCCCAAUCCCAUCUCACAUCUAAGUCAAAGUUCUUGAGAACGCAUAAUAAAAGGUAGAGUUGCCAAUACCUCCCUGCGUUCGUUCGUUCGUUCGUUCGUUCAACUACUCCUUCAACAAGUACAACCAUUGAACUAAUCCUCUUUUAUCAGAGAGAGUGUCCCUUCAUUACCAACGAGGCAUCAACUAACCCACCACACCAAAACCAAAUCACCCUCUACUUUCUUCUUUCCCCCAUUAUAUCCUUCUUCAAACCCAAGGGAAUUAGCUAGAGAUCGUCUAUUAUCAAUCGUCGCUUCAGCUAGAGUGAAUUCUAUUACAGGCGAAAUGGAGAGAAGCAGCUCGUUUGGAACAUCAUGGGCGGAUCAAUGCGACUACAGCAAUCCAGACCCAGUUCCCCAAACAACCAAGACUAGUACUAACAAAGGAGGCAAUACCGUCAAGUAUGGGAAGAAGGUCGGAGAAGGCUUAGGGAAAACCAAAGCCGUCGCCUCCACAGGCUUCAAGAAAGUCAAGGAAGGCACCACAGUUGGCUUCCACUGGAUCAAAGACAAAUGCCACAAGACUACCCAGAAGAACUAAUUCAAUACUAAUAGAAGCACCUUGAUUUAUUAGCUGGGUUCCUUCUCUUUUAUUUUCAGUUAGUGUUCAUUUGAUUCUUUCUUUCUUUAUUGUUUAUGUUGAUAAAAAAUGGAAAUCCCCUUUUGGGAUAUGUUCUGUUCUUCUGUUUUGGUCCAUUGAUCUAUGAAUAACAAACAAAAUUGUUGUUCUCUUC